AUGAGGUACACUACUGAUGACGGCGAGGCGGGCGCGGCGCUGGCCGAGCGGCGCCGGGAGCGCGCGGCGGCCGCCAGCGCGCGCGCCGCCGUGCGCCUGCUGCUGCCGGACGCGCCGGGCGCCGCGCGCGCGCUGCGGGCCUGGGCGCGCCGCCGCGCCUACGAGCUCGUGCCGCUGCGGGAGCGCGCCGACCCCGCCGGCGACCCCGGGCCCUUCCCCGAGACCUACGGCGCCGAGCGCGCGCGCGCCGCGCUGCACGCGCACGCCUGGCGCGGCCUGCGCCGCCUCGACCGCCCCGAGCGCCCCGCCCCGCACCGUACCGCGCCGCCCGCGCACGGCCGCGAGCCGACCUCCUCCGACGACGACUACGAGGGGCUCGCGGCCUCGGACGACGAGGCGGCCGUGGAGCGCGCGGAGGCGUUCGUGGAGGCGCUGGGCGCGCUGGGCGACGCGCGCGCGGUGCCCGAGCUGGCGCCCGACGAGCGGCGGCGCCGCGCCGAGCGCCUCGUGGCGGCCUUCUGCCGCGCGCUGGGCGCCGACCUGCCGGCGCUGUGA